UAGGACCCAGGGAAGAGCGAGUCUUACACAGUUCUGUUGUCUGACUGGAUUGCAAAUUCGCCAUGAGUCUGUCGUUUUAGGCCUUGGCAGUCAGUGCGGCGUUAGAAAGAUUGUUGUCACGUUUGACUGACGGAGUAUUUUUAGAAGAAGGAAAAAAAAAAACUCUUCAGUGUAUUUAGCAAACCAAGAUGGAGUACGAGUGGAAACCCGACGAGCAAGGGCUCCAGCAGAUCCUACAGCUAUUAAAGGAAUCGCAGUCUCCAGACACCGCCAUCCAGAGAUCCGUUCAGCAAAAACUGGAACAAUUGAAUCAAUAUCCAGACUUCAAUAACUAUCUGAUUUUUGUUCUGACAAAGUUGAAAUCAGAAGAUGAACCCACACGAUCCCUGAGUGGUUUAAUACUGAAGAACAAUGUGAAAGCACAUUUACAUAACUUUCCAAAUGGGGUCACUGAUUUCAUUAAAAUCGAGUGCCUGAGAAACAUUGGUGAUUCUUCACCCUUAAUAAGAGCCACAGUUGGAAUACUGAUAACAACUAUAGCCUCAAAAGGAGAGCUUCAAAAUUGGCCAGAUCUCUUGCCCAAGCUGUGUGCGCUUUUGGACUCAGAAGAUUACAAUACAUGUGAAGGAGCCUUUGGCGCUCUUCAGAAGAUAUGUGAAGAUUCUGCUGAGAUUUUAGACAGUGAUAUCCUGGACAGACCUCUCAAUGUCAUGAUUCCUAAAUUUCUGCAGUUUUUUAAACACAGCAGUUCCAAGAUAAGGUCACAUGCUGUUGCCUGUGUGAACCAGUUCAUUAUCAGUAGAACUCAAGCUUUGAUGUUGCAUAUCGACUCUUUCAUUGAGAACCUAUUUGGAUUGGCUGGAGAUGAAGAAUCUGAAGUACGGAAAAAUGUCUGCCGUGCACUUGUGAUGCUGCUUGAAGUCCGAAUGGAUCGGCUGCUUCCGCAGAUGCACAACAUUGUUGAGUACAUGUUGCAGAGAACGCAAGAUCAAGAUGAAAAUGUUGCAUUGGAAGCUUGCGAAUUCUGGUUAACAUUGGCUGAACAGCCCAUUUGCAAAGAUGUACUUUCUGGACAUAUGUCAUUGUUAAUACCUGUCCUCGUGAAUGGGAUGAAAUAUUCAGAAAUAGAUAUUAUUCUUCUUAAGGGUGAUGUUGAAGAAGAUGAAGCUGUUCCGGACAAUGAGCAAGAUAUUAAGCCUCGUUUUCAUCGAUCCCGAACUGUUGCACAGCAGCAUGAUGAAGAUGGAAUUGGUGAUGAGGAGGAGGAAGAUGAUGAUCUUGAUGAUGACGAUACAAUUUCUGAUUGGAAUUUAAGAAAAUGUUCUGCCGCCGCGUUGGAUGUACUGGCUAAUGUAUUCCGGGAUGAAUUGUUGCCACAUAUUUUGCCACUGCUCAAGGAGCUGCUGUUUCACCAAGACUGGGUGGUGAAGGAGUCUGGAAUUCUGGUGCUUGGAGCUAUUGCUGAAGGUUGUAUGCAAGGAAUGAUACCUUACCUGCCAGAACUUAUCCCUCAUCUUAUUCAGUGCCUCUCUGACAAGAAAGCUCUUGUACGUUCUAUUACAUGUUGGACACUCAGCCGCUAUGCACAUUGGGUAGUAAGUCAACCCCCAGACACUUUCUUGAAGCCAUUAAUGACGGAACUGCUGAAACGCAUCUUGGACAGCAAUAAGAGAGUGCAAGAGGCUGCUUGCAGCGCUUUUGCUACCCUAGAGGAAGAGGCUUGCACGGAGUUGGUGCCGUACCUUGGUUAUAUACUUGAUACGCUUGUUUUUGCUUUUAAUAAAUAUCAGCACAAAAAUCUUCUAAUUCUCUAUGAUGCUAUUGGAACACUUGCUGACUCAGUUGGGCACCAUUUAAAUAAACAGGAGUACAUUCAGAUGUUGAUGCCUCCACUCAUUCAGAAAUGGAACAUGUUGAAGGAUGAAGAUAAAGACCUUUUCCCCUUACUUGAGUGCCUGUCUUCUGUUGCCACUGCCUUGCAGACUGGCUUUUUUCCAUACUGCGAACCAGUAUACCAGCGUUGUGUAAACUUGGUGCAAAAGACACUUUCACAAGUUAUGUUGCAUAGUUCUCAACCCGACCAGUGUGAAGCUCCAGACAAAGAUUUUAUGAUCGUGGCACUUGAUUUACUAAGUGGCCUGGCUGAAGGUCUUGGAGGAAGCAUUGAACAACUUGUAGCACGGAGCAAUAUUUUGUCGUUAAUGUAUCAGUGUAUGCAGGAUAAAAUGCCAGAGGUACGACAGAGUUCAUUUGCUUUGUUGGGCGAUUUAACAAAAGCUUGUUUUCAGCAUGUGAAACCUUGCAUUGCUGACUUCAUGCCGGUUCUCGGAACGAAUUUGAACCCAGAGUUUAUUUCAGUGUGUAAUAAUGCCACGUGGGCAAUUGGAGAGAUCUCCAUUCAGAUGGGGAUUGAAAUGCAGCCUUACGUUCCAAUGGUCUUGCACCAGCUGGUGGAAAUCAUCAAUAGGCCUAACACACCAAAAACAUUACUGGAAAAUACAGCAAUAACAAUUGGUCGUCUUGGUUACGUUUGUCCUCAAGAGGUGGCCCCCAUGCUACAGCAGUUUAUAAGACCCUGGUGUACUUCCCUAAGAAACAUAAGGGAUAAUGAAGAGAAGGAUUCUGCUUUCCGUGGCAUUUGCGGUAUGAUUGGUGUCAAUCCAGGAGGAGUUGUACAGGACUUCAUUUUUUUCUGUGAUGCAGUAGCAUCUUGGAUUAGUCCAAAAGAUGACCUUCGCGAUAUGUUCUACAAGAUACUUCAUGGCUUUAAAAGUCAAAUUGGGGAUGAGAAUUGGAACCGUUUUUCAGACCAGUUCCCGCCACCUUUGAAGGAACGCCUUGCUGCAUAUUAUGGAGUCUAGCUGUGUAUGCUGUUGUCAACUUAUAUUGGUGGUAAUUUCUAAAAUGUAUUCUUUGAACAGAAUUUGGAGCUCUUGUCUGUCGAAUGUGUAAAAUCGUUUUCUUUGUCUCUACAGGUCUUUCAAGCUGGGAAGUCCAUAGGGAGCCUCUGCACCCAGGGAAAAAGUUACCCUUUUACGGGGGGGGAAGGGUAAACCAGUGGGACAUAUAGUACAAUCCCAGCCCUACUGGGACGGGUGGGAGGGAUGUGUUUAGCCGUCGCACUGUUCAGUCGACAUUGGGGGGACGUUAAACCCUGAAGUCUUUCUCGAUGGACAUUUGUCUCUUCUUUUUCGAGCUUUACACCAGAAGAGAAGAAACAAAGGAAGACAUCUGAUCCAUAAACAUCAUGUUUCUGAUAAAGGGAAAAUGCAACAAAUGCAGUUAUGUAGGCUUCAGAAGUGGGUUUAAUUGCAGAGAGAAAUUCAUAAUCAUUAGGUUAAAAGUCGACAGCCAGAGACAUGGGGGUUUUGCAUACAGACUAAGGCUGAAGGUAAGAAUUAAGGAAACACUUGGGGAUUAAUAGGUUUUUGCAUGAAUUUAGGAGAGCUAAAAAUGACAGUGUUAGUGCAAUUCAAAAGAGCAGCUUGUUUCCAAGAUAGCGAACACCUUUGUAAAAUCAUAGCUAUGAAAAUUUAAGUUUCUAAUUAAUUAAAUAACAGUUUCAGUCAUAGUGAAUGACUAACGAUUGGUAACAUCCUAAAAUAGCUUGGGAAACCCUAAAAUAGUUUUUUUUCACUGAGUGGUACGUGCAUAUUGGUUACGGUUUGACAUAUCUUUUGACAUAGUUUUGCAUUGAAAACACAAAAGAUAAUAUAAGUAAUUGGUUAAAAAUGCCAUAGUUCAGAUUUUUCUUUCUAAACAUCUUUGUAGUGUACAUGUUCGAUUAAGGUACAGACAUGUAACUUGGUUUACUGUGGUUAGAAGUAAGGUUGCUUUGUUUAGUGAGACAUUGAGCUAGCAUGCGUGCAUCAUAGAGAGUGGAAAUGGUAUGGUUUCUUACCCAUUAGAAUCCUUCUAGUGAUACAGCUCAACAAUAUUACUGAAUAGAUUUUGUGGAAAAUAUCCCAAGGUUUUUCAUAUAGGAUUUUAAUUUCUGUUAAGGUUAUUCAUAGGUAUAACCAGUUUAUAAGGAUUUGAAGUAUCUAGGAUCCACUAGGGUUAAGAUUGUUAUUGUAUUGUGUGUAACCUGCACAAUGUAGAAAGUUGAAAUCUCCAUGCAAAUCUGUUGCCUCUGUGCUGUCAGUGUGAUGUGCUUUUUGCAUGGUUAUAUACUAUUGAAAUUAUAGAACCUCCAUAAAAGAAUUAUGUAGUAAGGCAAUCAAAGGCUGCAUAAUUAGAUGACAUAUAAGGAAAAUGUACAAGUGUAAGAGAAAAGUUUGCUUUAUUUAGUGUUUUAAUCAGACUUGAUUGGUAAUAAUUCUGUUCAAAGCGUGAUCUCAUGCGAUACUGUCCUUAAGCAGGAUAGGUCAAAAUUUCUAUCUAAAAUAUUUGAAAGAAAAAUUGGCACAUUGGUGGCCCUUUGUGCCAUUGAAGCUGCAGGAGUUCAAAAUGAAAUGGAUCCGUUUCCUUUAAUUUGUUCCACUUUAUGUUGCUUUCUAUACUCCUUUAUGUAAAUAAAUCCUUUUACAUUGAAUUCUGUCCCUUUCCCCUAAUGUGUAUUUUGUUGUAAAUCUUUUUUUAUUUUUUUAUUAUUAUGUACUGUGAAUGUGGAAAACAAAAACUGGUACACUUGACCUUUGUUAUGCGUGAGUCUUUUGUAAUACGUUAACUGUCUGAUCCCAUGAUGGUUAGAAUUAUUUUUCAGAUGGGACACACCCUCCCCCAGGGAAAUCAGCAACUCUGCUGGUCAGAGUAUGGAGUGCUGCACUAUUUCUGGAGGCUGCAAGGCUAGAUUAAAAUAUACAGCAAAUAAUUUUAAUGCUUAAAAAGCCCUGGCAGCUUUUUAUAUUUUUAGGUUUUCCUCCAUCACAUAUUUUGCUACACCAGACGGGGAGAAAAGACUGAAUGUUUGGCUGAUUAUUGCUGCUUGCUUUGAAGUUUUGUGUGCAAUGAAUGAGAUAACUAAUGCACUGAAAAAAACACAGGCUUUGAGUGUGUGUGCGGGUGUGUGCUGAGAGAGACUGAGAUUGUGGCACGAAAUUCUGUUGAGACAGUGUGCUUUGCACUUCAUUGUGGAUUGUCAUUUUAAAAACUUUGCAUGAAAUAAUGCCGUUUAUACAUUCCUUAACUUUGCACAGUGUGGAAAGUGAUUAGACAAGCUUGGCAUUUAGUUUUUCAUAACAAUUGCAUAUUAUAUACAGACCCUUUAAUAUGCUUCAGUAAGGUCGCAUCAACUUGCAUGGCCGUUUCCAUAAGUGCCAGAUUCAUAAACUUGCAUGUAGUAUACUUUAAUUGCUAAUUCAUAAAUGAUUAGAAAAAAUAAUUGCUCAGGUUAUUACAAAACAACUCCUUAGCUGCUGCUGCUAGAAGCUAAUCUAGGAGAAAUGUAUUUGCAUGUUGACAUAGUUUUAAACCAAAAGAAACAUUUUUGCUCCGUACCUUCAGUUGAUUCAGUUUGCUUCUGGUAUCAAAGGGUAUUUUCUCCUAAAUUUGUAUCACUAGUAAAACAAAAUUAAGAAAACUCCCACAAUUAUUUGGCCUUGAAUCUCUUCAAUGUUUAGGAAUAAAAGUUACAGUAUUGCAACAGUUUGGGAUAGAAUUACAAACAUUUGUACUUCCCUGGGAUGGAGGGUUUUUGCGGAGGGGAGAAAGUAAAGAUCAGAUUUGACAAAUGAGAUUCCUUGCUUGAAUUAUAGACACUCUGGCCUUUCAUUUUGCUGAAGAAAACACUAAUAUUGCAGUAAUGCAGCUGUUGGUAUGUCAGGAGUAAUUUUAUUACUGUAAUAUUAAACCAUAACUGCUAAAAUAAAAUGAUUUUGCUUGUGAUUCUCCCUUUAUCCCUGUUCUUUUCAUCUUUUUUUCUAAUCCAUAACAAUUUUUAUACUAAAACAGUGUUCCAAAUGUUUUAGUAUAUAAAUGUUUGAAAAUAUCUCAACCUCCCGAUAAGACCAGUAAUUGAAAUAUUCUGUUCCAAAGACCUAAAAUGUGCAAGUUACCAGAUCAGUUUUUAAAAUAAUGGUAUAUUAAAAUCCACUAGCAGUUGAAUACAUUUUUAUCAUGUACUUCAAUGAGAUAAUCUAACCAUGUAUAAUCAUGGUUAAAAUCAUGUUGAUAGAAAUUGUGUUUUGAACAGGCAAACAGGAGUGCUCAGAAGGCAUGUUUUAUGUCCUUUUUGUAUCUACCAGCAGUAUUCAGAUUUCAACACUAAUAACUUCAAAUCUAAAUUCAGUAUUUCAAAGACUGACUGGGGCAUCAUUUCCUAGGUCCAGCUAGGGCUAUUUUUCUUUAAAUAAGUAGAAAUCUAAUUAUUAGCAUAAGCCUAUUUUCUUUGACAGAUUUAUUUCUUCAGCAAACCUUUUGCCGACCAACUGAACAUUCUGAGGACAGGGUACUUUAUUUGUAUUUCCCCAAUUUGACCUUCAUCUGAAUGCCUAAAACUCCAAUUUCAUUUUUGCUCAACCUCUAUGUAAUUGGUUUGUAAUAUCCUAAAUUACAAAUAUUUCAAGCACUUUGGAAAGAACGGGGCAAACAGAAUAGCUCUGCUACUACUACUUGCAUUUUGUCUUCGUUUUCAGUUUUUGUUGUUCAUUUAGAAAUUCAAGCCAUAAUGGAAAUUUACAUGAAUCCCUACAAGUGUCUCAUUCAGGUGUCUUUGUGGAAAUGACAAAUAAUGAGUAUUUUUCUCUUAUUUCCCCUCUGGUAUACCUUGUAAUUAAAACCUGAAAAACUAGAUGUAAGUGAAUUGGCAAUUAGCAAAAUAUAUACAUAUGUCUGAGCUUCAUAAAUUAAUAAUUGAACAAAUGUUACAUAUGUAUCUAAUGUUUUUCUAAAAUGAGUUAGAAUACCAAAUAGCACUUUACAAACGUCUCACUUAACUGAGCUUCUGAUAAAUAAUCGCUUAACAGAAUAUGCUGGAAAUGCUUGGGUUGGUCAACAUUUGUGCAGAGGGAAACAGAGCUAAUGUUUCAGGUGAAUUACCGGUAGUCAGACAUUUGUUAUGCUAUUCAAGCACUUGCUGUUAAAAUACAAAGCAGGUAAUGUAGUGAAAUGGUUCUCUGAACUGAAGCACUCUUUACAUGUAGAACAUCAUACUGUUCUGUCUGCUUUAUGUUGCAGUUUAAACCAGCUCAUUUCAAAUUACAAUUGAGACGUAUGUUAAGAUAUGUGAUGUUGAAAACUGCUGUCACAAAUUCACGCAACUAUGGAUUGUAACAGUUUAAUUUUAUUCAGUUAAGUGUGAUGAAUAUUUUGUGCAGAGAAAUUUAAUUCACUGAAUCCUGUUCAUUUAAAUUAAUUUUACUGAGUUCUUACAGCCUAUUAUCAACGUUCAUAACAUUUAAAAGUAUAUGCUUGCAUCUGGUCAUAGAGAUAGUUGGGGAAUGUAUGCACAUCCAUCUUUGUCACCCUGAUUUUAACCUAGAAAUUGGAAUCUUACAUUAAUUUCCCCUUUUUACUCCCGGAUUUAAAUCAAUAUAUGAAAUCAAUAUAUGAAAAUGAAAAAGCUGAAUUAUUUCCAAAUAUGUAUGCACAAUGCAUUCUUGGUGCAUGAUUAAGAUUGAUUACAGCCUCCUAUUUAAAAGUGCACAUGUAAAACAAAAAUGAAACUACAUCCAUAUUGCUGAGGUUAUUGAAAACGACAGAUGUGUUCUGUCAGAAUAAUUCCCUACACCAAUCAAAAAUGUAAGAAGAUGAACAUUUUUGCACAAACUGAAUGCAUCAUGGGAUACACAACACAUUAUGGUUGUUCACUGUAGAUGUAUCAUAUGGUUUUGAGUGUUGGAAAAAUGUUGAAGUCAUGAGAAUUAGUCUCAUCACAUUCCAGAGUAUCUGCCUUUUUGGUAUGCUGAAGCACGGCUUGGUUUGUCUGCUCCUCACUGAAUGGAGUGCUCUGUGUGCUGUCCUUGCAGAAACGGCUGCUGCUCUUGAUGUAUUUUUUCUACUUGAAUAUUUUUGUUGUAGAAAUCUCAGGUCAGCAUUUAACUGUUUUUAUAUAAGCCUUUUACCUUCCCUUCCUGGAUGUGCUUCCCUCUUGAAGGGUUCUAACAAUGCAUUAUUUAGCAAUGAUAGAUGAUUCAAGUCAAUCUUCCUUUACACCACUUUGUCCACUCACGUGAUUUUACUUUGUUUGAAAAAUGGUCAUCAUCUGAAAUGGAACUUGGUGUUGUAUUCCCUUGCACAUUUUCCACAUGAUCCAUUCUGCAGUAUUGAUAGUUAAAGAAAACAAUAGCUUCCAACUUCCUGCAGCCAAAAUAUGUUAAGGAUUUUGAAUUAAAAACUGCAUUAAGUUUGCAUUGAACUGUUUUGUCAGUGUCUAAAUUUGAAUUAUGUAUUACUGCAUGGGACCUAUGAAUAAUGAGACUGGGUCAUGCUGUGGAUAAAUUUGUUAUUGUAGCUGAAUAUGACAGUUCUGAAGUACAAUACUGUAAAUGUUCAAGAUAUUUUGAAAGUGACUUUAAUUUUUCAAUACAAAAGCAGUGAUGGCUUAGUGACACUUUGGUCUUCAUUCCCUGCUAUUGCUAACAGCUUAAAAAGACAAGUCUCUAACUUCUGUGUUGAUAUUCUAUGUUAUGGGCUAGUUAGAGGGGUUGACAGCAAUUAGCUAUCAUGGUAAAUUUUAGAAUUGAGAAGUAAAUGCAAUUUUGCAUGGGGAAAUGUCCAGAUAUAAUGACCAAAGGAUCUUUUUUGUAAAAAAGAGAGCUUCACACACAAGUAAUGUGAUGUUAGAAUUUGCCCUUCAAAACCUCUCCUGCACCUCCUUCAAGCCCAAUGAAAAUAAGCAACAUUUCUUGGAAGUCUGUUUCUGCGUAAACUUGACAAAACUUCAUUUGGAAUAGAAAUAUGGUUUUAAUUUUUGAUAAGCUGCUGAAUUUUGAAGAAAGUUUUUGGGGCCACCAAAUAUUUUGGAUCAUGCAGAGAAUAUAUAUUGUAUUGAUCUUAUGUAGUUUUUGUAAUGAUAAAUGUUAGUUUGUAAAUUGUAGUUAACUAGUAGAUGUUAAUGUUAACCACUGCUAGGAAAUGUAUGUUCAAAAUAAAUCACCUUAAAGCUGA